AUGGAGAGAUCGGAAGGCUCGUCGUCACCAGGCAAAGAUGAAGAGAAUGCCGUGGCACAAGAAAAGAUUGCCGAAGUUGUUCAAGGAGCGAAGAAUCAUGUCAGAUCUGCUAAAAGAAAGAAGAGUGCUCGAUCUAGCAGCGCUUCAAAUGGAGCCAAAAAGCAAAAAAGAGCAGUCAAGAAAAACAAAACGGAUCCAAUCCAAGCCCAACCUGACUGCUCCGGUGGCAUCCAGAAGACGGCAGAAGAGAUAAAAGAAUUCUCUUCGGAUUGGCUGGCAAGAAAGGUUCUUGUCAGUUCUCACAUAGAAAUGAGGAGUAAAGGCAUUGCGGCUUCUUCAGAAGCUAUCGAAAAAAUGAAGGAAAUUGCCAGAAGUGUCAAGGAGUCUCAUUGCCAUGACUGCCACGUCGAGCUAUCCGAUGACAUGCCCGAUCGGAAAAAUUACCGCUGGAUGGAAGAGAAGCUUCACAGUCAAGUGCUUGCGGAACCAGUCGCUGGCCCCACAACUCCACAGGAUUCGGAAGACCGCAUUCCGUUCAACAUUCACUACACCGGAAAACCAUUUUUCGAUCCGAAGACUGUAAAAGGGCAGGAUAUCGUUGAUGCUGCAAAGACCGGAAACAAAGGCUUCGAGGAUUUUGAUGAGCAGAGGAACAAGUUUCUCUACGAAGAAGAUACUGGGAUUGUUGAAGAGGAGAAGUGCUUCUUUGCCGGAAGAGGAUUCAAACCGGAAGAAUCAAAAGGAUACGUUCCAAUCCCGAAGUUCCAACUCAAAGAUGAUUCAGAAGAAUCGUGGAACAAACUUCAAGAGAAAGUCCUUGGAACCAGCAUGUGUCUCAUCAAAGGGAUCAAAGUCAAUGAGGAGACUUUCUCGCUAGAAACGUUGGCAAAAGUGGCGCCGAAAUAUAAGCUUCGAAUUCUCCGGCAGUUGCCACAACCGACCUUAUGCAAUUUUGUGCAGAAGCCAAUUGCCAGAGGGUCUCGUGCGGGUUCCAGAAGAUGGUUUACGGAGCAAGCAGAGCAGUUUACCACUGUCAAGAAGUACUCGGAGUAUUUCAACGGCAUGAGAGCCGCUGGAGAAAAAGCGGUCCGUAAAAUCUAUGAGAACCCAGAAACGGCAGAUGAAGUGCUUAAAAAGCUGGAGGGAGAUUUGAAAAAAGUGGCAGGAUCAGUCGGAAUCAAGCUGAAGAAGUCGUAUACGCAUCUGGUGGCUUUCGGCACAAAUUUCGAUGUUGAAGAACGGCUGGCAGACACAAAAACCUUUAGAUUUGCGAGUCAGAUGGCGGAAAUCAACAAGUUCAAGGCCUUCCUAAGCCCUCAUGGGAAUCUACUUGGAUUUACAAAAGUCUCUCUCCGAGGACUCAACAAGCCACAGAUCUACUGGAAAGUUCCUGGAUGCCGUACCUGCGCCCAUUUGGAAAAUAAUGGACUGGGAUCCAUUAAUUACAAUAUUGGACCAGGAACCUGCAUUUGGUAUGGGAUUCCAUUGGAAUGGGCUGGAAAGUUCCAAAAGCUGCUGAAGAAGAGGCUAGGAGAGGAUUUGGGAAAAGCUCUUCAUUCCAACGAUUAUUGGCCAUCGGAGGAGGAAAUUAUUGAAGAAGGGAUUCCACUCCAGAAGUUUUGCCAAAAACCAGGAGAUUUGGCCUACGUCGGAAAUGGGACUUACCAUUGGGUGCAAUCAAACGAUUUCACGACCAACAUCUCGUGGAAUAUUGGACAGCCAACAUUUGUUCAGCUGGCCACGGCGGCGGUUGUCAAUGAUAACUAUUUGGCGAACCAAACCUAUUCGAUUAUGCCAUUGGAAACGAUAUGUUGGAACAUGAUCAUCGAGGGCUUUGAGAUGGAUCAGCGAAUGAAAGAAUUGGUGAAAAGGAUGGCUAUGAGAUCUCUCUCCAAAACUCAAAGCCAACUUGAUUUCUUCGUCAAGAAGAAUAUCAAGAUCUUCGCUCCCAGCCAGCUCAACAAGGGGAUCUAUGGGACUGAGAGAUGUCGCUUGUGCGCCGACAACCUCUUCAACUACAUCCCACUCAUCUCCACCUACACGUCCAAGGAUCCGAGGACCGGAGAGCCCAUCAACACUUUGCAGCCAUACUGUAUCAAGUGUGUGGAGAGUUGCCAAGAAUGGAAAGGGUGUAAAGUGUACUCCCGGCACACAAUGGAGGACCUCGUCAAAUACUUGGAUUCCAUGGAGCUGUAA